CAGUAUCUUGGCGCAAGCUCGGCUCUCCGUAGGCUGGCAGGUAGGUGGGCAACGAAUUGGAAGCGCACGGCACUUGAUUGUUAGGAGACAUCUAGAAACUUCUUGAGAGCGAGAUCAAUGGAUUUUCGAUGAUGCUGCUCCGUUCGUUUUCUGCACGAAAGGCUCCGGUGUCUCAAUGGAUUUGCAAGUCAUGUCGUAGCAGACGCUAUGCUUCGUCUGGCUCCAAUGCAGUCAACCCCCUUCCCCUUCCACAAGCCUCCAAAGAACUUCGCAAGGGAGGACCAGCCAGAACACGUUUCGCCCCAUCGCCCACCGGAAAACUUCAUCUUGGGUCAAUAAGAACUGCCUUGUUCAACUACUUGAUCGCGAGAGCGACCGGUGGCCAAUUUGUGCUGCGAAUAGAAGAUACAGAUCAGGUGAUCAGUCUACCAAAUCCCAUUCUAUUGUUGUUGACUAAAGUUGGGAUAGAAACGUACAAUCAGUGGUGCCGAAGAUACGUUGCUCCGGGACUUGGAGUGGGCUGGAAUUGAAUGGGACGAAGGUAAAACCACCUCAACUGCCGCUGUUCUCUCAACUAACCAUGCAUAGGACCUGGACGAGGAGGUCCUUUCGGACCAUAUCGACAGGCAAGUUCCAGCUCACGGAAAUCUGGACAUUUUUUGACCAAGUAUUAGUCAGAGCGAACGGCAAUCUACAAAGAACACACGGAGCAACUUCUUCGUAAAGGCGCUGCCUAUCGAUGUUUCUGUACCCCCGAGCGACUUCAUGCACUAGCUGCAUAUCGAAACUCAAAAGGGCUCCCUCCCAACUAUGACAGAACAUGCAUUCAUAUACACAAAGAUGAAUCCGAUGAAAAAGCAGCAAGAGGAGAGGCUUAUGUUGUUAGGCUUCAAGUACCCAGCAAAUACCCAGCGUACCGGGAUAUAGUUUACAAACUUGUCCAGCCACCAGUGAUACCUGGAAUUCAACUUUUAGUAGAUAAUUAUGAGGAUCCGAUCUUGAUGAAGUCGGAUGGAUUUCCAACCUAUCACCUAGCCAAUGUUGUCGACGACCAUCUUAUGAAAAUUACACAUGUAAUCAGAGGCUCAGUAUGUACCAACACUUCUUUCCUUCACAUGGCAAUCUCAGACUAAGUGUUCGUAGGAAUGGAUGUCUUCAACGCCGAAGCAUCUUGCCAUAUAUCAUGCUUUUGGGUGGAACCCUCCAAAGAUUGGCCAUGUCAGUCUUCUCACUGAUAAACAAGGCGCAAAGCUCAGCAAAAGGAAUGGCUCUGUUGACAUAUCCACCAUAAGAGACACCAUGGGAGUGUUUCCGGAGACACUCAAUAAUUUCCUUGCUCUUCUUGGAUGGUCUCAUAGUGCAAAGAGCGACGUCAUGAACAUGGAAGAGUUGAUUCAUAACGUAUGUGCUCUUGGCUACUUUUCUUAUGAGAACCUUUCAUUGACUUCUCACUCCAGGCCACACUCAAAUAUACGCGAGGAGAUACAGUUGUCGCAAUGGAAAAGCUUUGGUUUCUCCAAAAGCGACAUGCCCACCGCUACGCAACAACGCAAAUGGAUUCCCCUCUUUCCGAUCCUCGUCUGGAUUUGGUCAAACUAGCAGUCAUUCCGGUUGUCAAACGUCUUGAAGAAGUGGUAUCCAAAAGGACUGAUCGUUUCUUCAAAUCUUUCCCAGCAGGAAAGGCCCGUGAAGAUUACGUUCGAACCUUGGUCUUUGGGGACGCUCUAAAGUAUACCACAGCCGAUUCAUUCAUCAAGCUCAACAAAUUCUUCUUCAUUACUCCUCUCCGUCGAGAUCUUGUUGCGAAUCCACCUCCUCCAAUCCCAUCUAGCCAAGUGACAGGGGCCAAGGCCCCAGUUCUUCUCGAAUUUCUACCCCAAAUUGACGCUUUCGCAAGACUAUCAGCGGAUGAAUGGACAGACGCUAAUAUUAAAGCUGUCACCUCGGAAAUUGUGGAUAGAAAUGCCAAAGAAUGCUUUGAACAAUCUUUUCAGGGUGACCAUUCUUCUGAGGCAGGGAAAGCUUUGCAGAAGACGUGUCAGAAAAGCUGGCUGUCAUUUGUUCAUGGAUAUGUGAGAUGGGCAAUUUUUGCCAAGCAACCUGGCCCUGAUGGGGUGUUUACGAUGAGACUCUUGGGUAGGGAAGAGUGUCUAGGGAGAUUCGAAUUUGCCAGAAAAUUCCUAGCCAAUGCGAAGUCUAAAGAGGCGGAAGAGGAGGAGGAGGAGGAAGAGGAUAUGUUGCACAAAUACCUGUAA